AUGAGUUGGGUAUCUGUGGACGCACUGAUACUCAUUUCUGAGUACCUUCCCACGCAAACCGGAGCCUGGGUCAGCUCUUCGCCUCAAGCACGUAGGUCAAGGGAGAGGUCGUCACAAGGGCUACAUCUUUCGUUCAAUUGGUUCAAGGAUGCAGCUCCUUCCUCCUCGCAGCGAGGCAGGCGACCACAACUACGAUGCGACAUCAACGACGCCCAAGGUAUGCGACUGUGCCGCUGGUGGCUGCUGAGGUGCUCCGGGGCUUCUCGACCCGCACCGAGCACCGCCUGUGUAGCUGAAGUCAUCCCUCCCUCAGGAACGGUUCGGCUGCAUCCGCCACCGAAGCUUUCCCAGUACAUGGAGUGCCCUUUGUGCGUGUGCUGCUGGGGAAACCGUCACGCAUCUGCGGCGUCGAAGAACGUAACCAUCAGCACCAUCGAUAUACCACGCCUGAACUGCUCUCUAGGGGAGUUGCUUUCCUUGGGCCGCAUCGAGUGUCUGGAAAUCAACGGCUCAGCUCUCUCCCCUACACCGCCGGAGUGGUUGUCGUGCCUGGCCGUCUCGCGUGGGGUCGAGAAAGUCAGUAUCAAGGCAGCCACGCUGCCCUUGAACGAGCUUCUGUCGUUUCUGUACAGCAGUACUGCUACCCUGCGGGUGGUGGAGAUUGCCGGGAUAGCCUUGCCGCGGCUUCAGAUGUUCGCUCUCGCUUCUAGAAUCGAGGAACUGGUUCUGGACAAUGUGACAGUGCACCCCCACUCUGUUCUGGCGAUCGGCAAUGCAGAGGGACAGGGGAACGGGCAGGCACCACCGCCAUCGAAUCGGGUCCCACUUUCCGACCUAGUCUUCCUGCAGAAACUGCGCAGGCUGGACAUGACGAACUGCAAGGGUGACUUUGACUGGGCAGGGGUCGCUCGAUGCUGUUUCUUACGCUCUGUGCAUUUGAGCGGCUGCAACGUCAAGGACGCGGAUGUACCACACCUCGCUCAGCUGCCAUGUGUGGAGGAGCUGCUCCUUUCGAGGACGCGCAUCACCAACGUCCAGGCCCUCGCGACUGGCAAAGGGCUACGGAUCAUUCAGCUCUCAAAUGCACAGGUCGACUCAGAUGGGAUAGACGGGCUGCAAACGCUGCCCUACCUGACCCGACUUGAUUUGUCCUCCACGCUCGUGAGCGACGUCAACUGCUUGGGGCAGAGCCAGAGCCUCAUCUACUUAAAUCUCGCCAAGACCCAUGUGACGAGCGAGGGCAUCGCUGACCUGUCACGUCUGCUGACGCUCGAGCACUUGAUGCUGAACAACAACAACAUUCGUGACGUCUCCUUUCUGGCAGAAUCCCACUCCCUAAAGACGCUCUCGCUGCAGAGCACCUUGGUGGACUCUGCCGCUCUGGAGGGGUUUGGGCGACUUCAAACGUUGCAGGAUUUGUCGUUGGCACACACCCGUGUCACCAACGUCACGGAGCUACAGCACUGCCACAAUCUGUGGAGGCUUGACCUACAAGGGUCGUUUGUCGAUCAGGCCGGGAUCGCCGGUCUCGAGCGACUUCCGAAGCUGCGCGUUCUUCUGCUGUCGAAGACUGACGUGGCCUCGCUGGAGCUGAUUUUGCAAAGCGCGUCCCUUGAGCAGCUCGAGGUCAAGUUCAGUCGCGUGAAUGAAAAGAGCGCCUUCUUCGGUGUGACAAAGGCGUCGGCGCUGACAUAUGUGACGUUGACGCACUGCGACGUCUCCGAUAUCAACAAUCUGGGUAUGUGCAAGGAGCUGCGGCUGCUUAACGUGUGGUCGUCCAAGGUAACUUCGGAGGGCAUUGCUGGGCUGUGCGACGCCAAGUCGCUGCAAGAGGUUGAUCUUGCCGAGACCGCGGUGACAGACAUCGGCCCUCUCCUGAGUUGCACAAAAAUACAGGCUCUAAUCUUGUACAAGUCUUCAGUGAGAUCCCUCGAUGGGAUAGGGGCACUUCAGCGGCUUCGCCGCCUCGACAUCGCCGAGACGCCUGUGUCGUCGAUACGGAGCCUGUCGGCUUGCCAGAGCUUGGAAAUCUUGAACCUUUCCAACACUGCCGUCGACGAUGAUGGGUUUCAAGGUAUUGGGCAAGCGCAGUCCCUCAAAGUGGUGUCGAUGUCGUUCACUGCCAUAACUCAGCUUGGACAACUUGGACAGUGUUCCCAUCUUGAGGAGCUGUAUGCCCAAUCGUGCCCAGUGACCUCGGAGGGCCUCGUCGGUCUCGAGAAGGCCUGCUGCCUCGCCAAGCUGAAUCUCUCGUACACAAAGAUACAAGGCGGCAUUCAGCGUUUAACCAACUGCCGCAAAUUGCUGAAGCUCAACGUCAAGUUCACCGAGGUGCCGUAUGAUGAGGUUGCCUACGUCAAGCGCCACCUUCCCAGUUGUCGCGUGAUGAAUGAUGCGGUGCAGCGCAUGGCGAAGGACGUGACCUUGCUGACGUAG